AUGCCAGCGAGUGAUCAACUGCGAAUCAUCAUUGUUGGUGGCGGCAUUGCAGGCUUUGCAGCCGCGAUCGCCUUGCGCGCUCCAAAUCGAAGAAUCACAGUUCUAGAACAGUCCCGCCUGAAUCAUGAAAUCGGUGCAUUGAUAUCACUGCAGCCCAAUGCUUCCCAAAUUUUGCAAAAGACUUGGGGCCUUGACAAAGAGUUGGAACAAGCGCGUGGCUUAGUUGAUGAGGGCUUCCGAAUCUACGAUGUGGACGGGAAGCUGGUUAACGAGGUUCCGCUGCUCUCCAAGACCGAAUACGGCGGUGAUCGGAUCGUUUGGCAUCGUAAUGAUCUACAUAAUGCUCUCAAGGCAGCCGCGAGAUGUCCCAAUAGAAGGGGAGACCCGGCGACUAUUCGCGUGGCUUCGAGAGUUGUUAAUUGCGACCCGCAUGAGGGUAAUGUGACUCUUGAGACUGGCGAGAUUUUAACGGCCGAUGUGAUUAUCGGCGCAGAUGGGAUUGUGUUGCGAGAAUGUGUGCUCAUCGACGAGCCUGCGCCUAUGCCGACUGGAACCUCCGCUUAUCGUCUCAUGAUACCUUCGGCAGUCCUCGAGGAAGAGGAACCCCAGUUCUGUAGUAGAAUCAAUCCCCGGCACUCAUAUACAUCCAUGAUAGUAGCACAUAACUGUCGACUCGUCAUGGGUCCAGGCAGACAAGGUGACGUGUAUGCUGUCACAGCACUGGUUCCAGAUGAGAGGAUGAACGAGGACUCCGGGCAAUCAUGGGUCUCAGAAGGAAGUCUGGUCAAGAUGUUGGAGACAUUUGCGGAGUUCCCAGAUUGGGUGACCAGCAUAUUCAAACACUCACCAGAUAUCGGACUAUGGCAGUUACGUGAUAUGGAUCCUUUGAAGACAUGGAUUCGGGGGCGCGUUAUUCUCAUUGGGGAUGCUGCGCAUCCCAUGCUACCAACUCAAGGACAGGGCGCGAGCCAGGCAAUUGAGGAUGCAGAAGCUCUGGGUGCUUUCUUCGAGGAUGUUGGAGAAGCACUAUCCGUGAGACAAUUGGACCAUAUAUUCAAUGUAAUUCAAACCUACCCCGCGAUAUUUUGCUGCCGCUAUGGGAGAGUCAGUCUCAUCCAGCAAGGCAGUCGACAGGCAGCUAAGCCCGGUACAGUCAAAGAUGAAAAGACAGUUACUAUGGCGACACAAUAUGGUAAUGUGAUAGAAUAUGUCGGUAAUGGUUCACAACGGCUGCUGACAUCAUGGCUGGACGCACCAAGCCAUGCCAACCUAAGAGCACUUCUAAGUGAGAGUCGUGGCUGUUAUAGUAGUUACGGGGGUAGCUCCUCGGCUAGCUACUGA